UGAUAUACUCGCUUUCCAUGCAUGACGUGUGCAUAUACAGUAUAUAUACACCUUACUCUCAAGAGCCCUUCAGAGCGUAACGAUGGUCAAGAAAGCAAUACUGGUCAUUCUCUUGGUGGUAUUCGUCGUGGCUUUACAUGUAGAGUCAAAACCUGCCCAGCUCCUGCCUCCGCUUCUGCCGCCCAUUCCCGAUACUAUUCCCUUCCCCGCGCCGCCCCCGGGAACGGAACCGGAAUACGUCUGAACCCUUCUCUACGGAUCGACUUCUGCGAAAAAUACAGAACCUGUCAUCGGGAUGGACGAUGUAGUUCCACUUCACCCAGUUUUCACAUAAGCUCAAGGUCCAUAGAUAUGGGACUAAGGAUCUUCGAAUUGUUCCAGAUAUGUAUGUUCACAUAAUUUCAAUUAAUAAAGGGGUAUUAUUCAAA